AUGGACGAAGGUUUCUUGAAAGUUGAGGACACUAGUGCAGCCUUGGCUGAUGAAACUAAAUACAGGAGUCUUGUUGGUGCUCUCCUGUACAUAUCUGUGUGUGCCAGGCCAGAUAUUGCUGUUAGUACGGCCAUACUCGGUCGUAAAGUGAGCGCUCCAACGGACGCAUGCUGGAUGGCGGCCAAGCGAGUGGUUCGCUAUUUAAAAGCCACUAAGCAUUGGCGGCUGGUGUACAGCGGAUCUGGCGGCGGUUUGAUCGGCUAUACGGACGCUGAUUGGGCCGGCGAUGCAAGUUCCAGGAAGUCAACAACCGGGUAUGUAUUUUGCUAUGCAAACGGAGCAAUUUCAUGGGCCAGUCGAAAACAGGCCUGUGUUACCCUGUCCUCUAUGGAGUCAGAGUACGUCGCGCUGAGCGAGGCUACGCAGGAGUUGGUCUGGCUUCGUAGGUUGAUGGACGAAAUGGGCGAGCGUGAAGAAGGACCAACGAAGGUGAUGGAAGACAAUCAAAGCUGUAUCACUUUUGUAAACUCCGAGCGGAUCAGUCGUCGAUCGAAACAUAUCGAGACCAAAGAGCGUUUCGUCAAACAACAGUGCGAGCUAGGAGUUCUGAAGCUUGAGUACUGUCCAACGGAACAUAUGGUGGCCGACGUUCUUACCAAGCCACUGGGGACCACGAAGCAGCGAAAGUUUUCAAGGAUGCUGGGACUGAUAACCGAUCGUGGCGCCAUUCGUUGA